AAAAGUGAGACUGGAACAAAAUAAUUCUCGGCGACAUUGACACAGAUACCAGUAGUACUGGUUUGGGUCUGGGGGAGGGUUUGCUAGGCGACGCUGAUUUUUUUUUCUUUCAAGGGCAAGUCGUGAAAAAUGAAGUCUUUCUGCCUUUGAAGCAAUGGUCUGAACUAUAGAGAUGUUUCCUAGAGGGAGGAAAUAUCUUCCGGUACGUACGCGCUGACUACGCCCCUCCAACCGAAGCUAGGCAUUUGAAACAUCGAGUCUUUUCAAUUCAUGGAGGAAAGGUCAGAGGUGGUUUUCGUCUUCAAAUCCUGCAUGUUGUUGUGGCCCGCCGAGACAUUGAUACUCGAGUAUGUCCUUCCUUGAUUUUUUUACUGAUGAAGAACUCAGACAGAAGCUCUGCACCUAUAAAACGGACAUUUCCAUCGCGAUCAAUGAACUAUUCCCAUUCCUCCAUGGCCUUCGGGACAAGCUGUUAAUUACCAAUGGAAAAUUCCAAGAGAUUGUGAAAGUACAAAAAGAGAUCAAUAAGGCUGUGUACUCAUUGCUGGAGUCCCUGGAAGAGAGCGAUCCUCCAACCAUUCGCAAGUUUUGGAGUAACUUGUUUCAAGAAUAUAACAUGCAGAAGUAUCCGAAGCUCUAUCCCUUGCAGUGCAGCUUGUUUGAAGAACUGAAAGAAGACAGAGGAAAGCGUAGUUGUGGAACCAGUCCUAUUGGAGAGGCCAAGUUGUGUAUCAUGGGAAAGAGAGAGCAUCCUGAUGAAGAACGUGCACCUUAUUCAGCCAAAGGAAGAACUGAAAAGUGCAGCAAAGAUCAAAGCCCAGAAUGCAGCAAAUAUCUAUACCGAAAAGAGAAAAGCAUCAAGUCAAGUGUUAGGAGAGUCAAAAAGUCUCGAUCUCCCCCAAACCAAAGGAACUUUGACUCCAACGAGCUGCCUGUCUACUGUGGUGGCAUUACUGGAAUAUUGGACAAGAAAAAACUAGCAUUUGGAAGUACCACCCCAUGUAUAAAGUACAUGAAUAAAUGGUGUACACCACAUCAGUUUGAGGUGAAUGGUGGCAAAGCCAGAAGCAAGAAUUGGAAACUCAGUAUUCGUUGCAAAGGCUAUCCACUGUCCAAGCUGUUAGAGCACAAUUAUCUCGUGUGUCCAAAUCGCAAGAGGAAGUUGAAAACAGCCCGUGCUAAGUUGCAGAAGCACCAAGUUGAAAUGGACAGUGACACCAGCAUUGAAUCUACAUCAUCCAAAAGUGAAUCUGGAUCCAAAGUAGAGAGCUACAUUGGGUUGAUGAAGAAAUCUACCAUCCGCCAUAAAGCUGGAUCAUCAGGUGCAGAGCCUAAGAACACUAAGGAAGAUGAUUUCUCCUCAAACAAGCUCCCAGUUACAUGUGGUUCUAUGACAGCAAUCUUGUACAAAAACAGGUUUACAACAGGAGUCAAUGGAAAAUGCAUUCGAACAGAGACUAAAUGGUUGACUCCAGCAGAGUUUGAAAGUAUGAGUGGUAUCAGAGAACAUCUUCGAUAUUGGAAGAGAAGCAUCCACUGUAAAUCAGAGACCCUGGGCCAACUGAUCCAGAAAGGCUACUUGAAACUCCACAAGCUUGACUGUAUUUGUGAUAAGUGCACAUCUCCUGAUUUUGAAUCUCAGGAGAAUGAUGAUGAAUGUUCAGUGUGUAACGAUGGAGGGGAGAUGAUCUGCUGCGAUGCAUGUCCCAGAGCUUUUCACUACCUCUGCCACGUCCCCUCACUCAGUCCAAACUUAAGCUCCAGUGAGAAUUUCAUCUGCACCUUCUGCAAAAUGGACAGACUAUCAUCGAAUAAAACCGGGGCAAUGGUCUCCAGCAGCGAAUUUGAAGUAUAUCAAUCAAACAUGACUCCAGAAUACGUUCUGAAAUGUGGAUAUAUUUUACUCAGAUUGUUUUGUGAACCAGAUGCCCUGGAGUUUGAAAAAAACCCCUGUGACAUUGUUCCAAAUUAUGGUAAUAUAAUUGAAAGCCCGAUGUGGUUCUGCAGGGUGAAGGAGAAGCUGGCCACGAACAAAUAUCACCUCGUGGGUGGUUUUAUCGAUGACAUCAGGCUAAUCUUCCAUAAUUGUGCCAGAUUCAACCAGGGAAAUGAACUUGAAGCCAUUGGAAGAAAAUUUAGUGAUGAAUUUGAAGAGGUUAUGGUGCAGGUAUUUGAUAUCGGUAAUGAUUGUCUUAAUAUCCCACAAGUGGACAAAUGGGAUUAAAUGAAGAACUACAAUGUGUUAAUGUACCAGAAUCUUAACUGCACUUUUUGAA